GCGUGAGGACGAACGUCAACCCCGUGUCUUUAUGAAAGGCGAAAUCCCUCUGUGAGCAGCAGCUGUCUAAAGGAACCGGUUGGUGUAGGAUAAGAAGAAGCUCGUCUCGGAAGAACCGGGCUAGAAGACGGUCUCAUCUGUUCACCGCAGUCCGCCCAGCGUUGGUUAUCCUUCGGCUACAAGCUAGCUGCAGCCUCCGCCUCCUCACCGUGCAACAACACACAACACGGGGACAAGCCGACGGACGUAACGUUAGCCGAGAAGGGAAGUGGGCUCCGGCUUCUCUUUCAUCAGGCAGAUGCUCCCAGCCGCCCAGCUUGACAGGAGUGAUGGGAUGUGUCAGCUAGCAGAUGAGGCAGUCCUCGGCGAUGUAAUCGGACUGAAGGAUUCAUCUACUGCAUUCACACCGGAGCGAGACAAAAGAGGGACAGAGGAGGAGAAGGACAUCCCAGACACAAGGAUGGGUGUGGGACAGAACACCACUUCUAAGUCCAUGGACAGCAGUAGUGAGGGAGGAAAACUUGAAGAGGAGAGCAAGCAUGGCGUAGAUUCCUACCCUAUUCCGGUGGUGGUUAACGGCGUGGGUGGGGCCAGUGGAGACCAGGAUACUGAGAACACAGAGCUGAUGGCCAUCUACACUAAAGAAAAUCAAGGAGCAGAGAAGAGCUCAAUGUCUGAGACGUUGGACAGCACAGACAGUGUUGACGCACAGAGGAUGGAUAUGAUCUAUACCAUUGAAGACACCCCACCCUGGUACCUGUGUGUUUUCUUGGGCUUACAGCACUACCUGACAUGUUUCAGUGGAACCAUCGCCGUGCCGUUUCUCCUGGCUGAUGCGAUGUGCGUGGGCUUCGAUCAGUGGGUCAUCAGCCAGCUCAUUGGGACCAUCUUCUUCUGCGUGGGGAUCACCACCCUGCUUCAGACUACACUGGGCUGCAGGUUGCCUUUGUUUCAGGCCAGUGCUUUUGCCUUCCUUGCACCAGCCAGAGCAAUCCUGUCACUGGACAAAUGGAAGUGUAAUAACACAGGAGAGGUUCCACUAUUCAACAGCACAGAGCUUCUGAACACAGAGCACAUCUGGCACCCCAGGAUACGAGAGAUCCAAGGGGCUAUCAUCGUGUCAUCUUUGGUCGAGGUGGGUAUCGGAGCGCUGGGUCUGCCUGGGCUCCUGCUGAGAUUCAUCGGACCUCUGACCAUCACCCCGACCGUGACGCUCAUCGGCCUGUCUGGGUUCCAGGCUGCGGGGGAGAGGGCCGGAAAACACUGGGGCAUCGCUAUGCUGACUAUCUUCUUGGUGCUGCUCUUCUCUCAAUAUGCCAGAAACGUUCACUUCCCUCUGCCAGUCUACAAGCACAAGAAAGGCUGGACUUUCUACAGGCUGCAGGUCUUCAAAAUGUUCCCUAUCAUAAUGGCCAUCCUCGUGUCAUGGCUGCUGUGUUUCAUUUUCACUGUGACGGACGUUUUCCCGCCGGAAGUAGACAAAUACGGUUACCAAGCCCGCACAGACGCACGUCAAGGAAUCGUCCAAGCUGCCCCGUGGUUUAAGAUACCGUACCCAUUCCAGUGGGGCUUCCCGACAGUAACGGCUGCAGGUGUGAUCGGCAUGAUGAGCGCUGUGGUGGCCAGCAUCAUCGAAUCCAUCGGAGAUUACUACGCCUGCGCACGUCUCUCCUGUGCUCCUCCACCCCCCAUCCACGCCAUCAAUAGGGGGAUAUUUGUGGAGGGGAUCUCCUGUGUGCUGGAUGGUGUUUUCGGGACAGGAAAUGGCUCCACCUCCUCCAGUCCGAAUAUAGGCGUUCUUGGAAUCACAAAGGUGGGCAGCAGACGUGUGAUUCAGUAUGGAGCUGCCAUGAUGGUGCUUCUGGGGCUCGUGGGUAAAUUCAGCGCCCUGUUUGCCUCCCUGCCCGACCCCGUCCUGGGAGCUCUGUUCUGCACCCUGUUUGGGAUGAUCACAGCCGUGGGACUCUCCAACCUGCAGUUUGUUGACCUCAACUCCUCCAGGAACCUCUUUGUUCUCGGCUUCUCCAUCUUCUUCGGCCUGACGCUUCCCAGCUACCUCAAAGAGAACCCAUUGGUCACCGGAAUAGUUGGCGUAGAUCAAGUGUUGAACGUGCUCCUCACCACUGCCAUGUUUGUCGGAGGCUCUGUAGCCUUCGUUUUGGACAAUACCAUACCUGGCACCGCUGAAGAGCGAGGCAUCAAGAAGCUGAAGCGUGGCACUGGUGUCAGCACAGCAGAGCUGGAAGGGAUGAGAUCGUAUGAUCUGCCGUUUGGGAUGGACUUUCUCCGCAGACACCCGGUCUUCAAGUACUUCCCCAUCAGCCCCACCUUCCAAGGCUACCAGUGGGGGAAGCUACGGGGAGCCUGCCGGAGCAGAAAGGGACAUGGGGAUGCAGUGAAGGGAGGGGAAGGAGGCGCAGCUCCAGGGGAGAGUGGGGUAUAGCCAACAGGCUGGGGCCACAACAUCCAAAAUGUGGCUGAAGUUUGGGAGCAAGGGAUGGUACAAUAAGGUAAAUGGAUGGGAGAGUAGAGGACUGAAGCGAUGCAGGAUUCGGGGACUGUGUGUGAUGCACAAUCCCCCCCCCCCCCCCACCCCCAGUAUGUGUUUUCUUUAGCUCGUGUCAGUCUUUUCCCACUUCCCACUAUGCUAUUUAAAGCAUGCUAUAGCAAAUCACAGCAUGCUAUAAAAGAUGUCACCAUGCGGAGGUUAGUUGGUGUGUGUGCAUGUGUGUUUGCAUUUAGAGAAAAACGUCUUUGUGCAUUAUUUUAAUUGCACUAUAAUCCAGGAAGAGACAGGUGGACAUCAAACAUUCAUGCUGAAUGUUUGGAUCAUUACUUGCUAAUUUAACAAUAUUAUAAAACAUACUUUACUGAAAACUCAGUAGAUUAGGUUAUGUCAAUCGAGGAUUAUGCAAAAUUCCUGGUAUGGAUCAUCUGCCUCUUAACUUGUUAUGCAGCCUCAUUAGAGAGACACACACACACACAUAUGUGCUCACACACCUUCAGCCUCAACAAAACUAGCUUGAGCGCUACAAUGCACGUUGGGUCAUUCAGAUUGAUGGGAGUUGUUCGUCAGGUGCCCUUAGCCAUGCAAAGUGAUUGUGAGUUUUUUUAUUUUUGCACUAUCUGCCUCCUGAGUUCAAAAGCAGAAUGUCUCUCCGCAGCUCAUGCCCCCGUUUCUUCAGUAAAACCCACUCAGAGACCUGUUCAGCACGCAAAACAUCCACUCAUCUCGCGGUAAAGAAACUCGCAUCCCCCAUUUCUCUGAAGCAGUAGACGCUUCAGUUUUAUCUUCACAAAACCAGUUUACAUCUCUUCAAUGUGUCAAUAUUAUGCAUCAGUCACUAAAAUGACUUUUCACACUUAUGGAACAAAUCCUUUUUUGAUUACAAAACUACAAAACAAGCUCUACCCAUAAAUAGUACCCCACCGACACUGUCCAAACCCACUUCACAUUAGUACAUUCAGUAAGCCUGUACAUGAUUGUACUAGGAAGUAAAGGUGGUGGUUUUGUCUGGAUAUGGAGUAUUUUCAAAGAACAGAGGGGUUUGGGAGAGUUUAAUGUUAUUGCAGUUUGAUGAUUAUUAAUUCCCCUACAUUCCUCCUCCUCCCAUCUGCGGUCCCUCGCAUGCCUCCCACUUUUAUCCCUCUUUAAUGAACUGCUGAUGUUUGUCUCUGUCUGUUGUAGUUCAGGUUGUGGCGGUACAUUUAGCUGAGUAGAGUUUAAUGAUUAAAGUUUCAGAGCAUCAGCAGCCCGUUACUUAUUAGGCCUGAAGAGCUAGUCUCUAAUUCGACACGUUGUGCCUUUUGUGUUUUCAAUUGGAAAAACAGCAAUUUAAAAACGCCAUUUAAAGAGUUUGCAGAAAUAUAAUCUUGGUAAACGAUGAAACGAGUCGUAGAAUGAGAAAAACGACAGCUAAUACACUAAAUAUUUAGUUUUUUACUAAACCAAAAAGCUCUUUAUUUUGAUUUCAUCUGAUCGCGUGUUUCCCGCAUACUGUACCAACACUUCUUUUACAAGUUUUGGCUUUUUAUUGCUAUUUAGAAACUUAAAAAGAAAUUAUUUUUACAUCUCUUCCCAAAUGUCCUCACUUUUUUAUCUACGACGUUAAAGCUAUUUAUUUAUUUAUGAGCAGAAAGUGGAUGCUUAGAGAUUACCUGAAGCAGUUUUAUGUGUCUGUUACACAAUGUUGAAAGUAUAUUUAUUAAUCUACUUGUUCAUGCCCCCUAAAGAUCGGUGUGAGGACGAUGGACCACCCUCAGCUACAGGCGUGCGUUUACAAACUCACAGCUGGCGUCAGCAUUUCUUUCUAAAGAUGGUUCCUAAUAUAAGCUGCUUCUAUUUCAUUCCAUUUAUGUCAUGAUGUUUUAAAAAAGAGAAAAACACUUAAAUGUUACAACUGGAUAGCUUAGUCAAGCUUCAUUAUCAAUGCCUUUUUGCUACAAGUACUGUUUGCACAUGUAAUGGUGCCAACAAGAUCAGGGUGUCAGAGUGAGAAACCCUAAAAUGUCAAAAGUAUAAGUAUGAACGUUGUUUUGUUGAAUGACCUGAAAUCAAGGGGCGGAUUGUGAUUGAACAGUUUUGGAGCUUUGUCUAUAACAGCAUGGUUAGCUGUGGCCCCAGUUAUGACUUCGACACCUACAACAAUACUAUUCUUGUGAUUCGAUCGCAAAAUGCAAAAAGAAUCAAAACAUAAAAUUGGGUCUUUAAAGAUAUUUAGUGAUCUUGUAAAUGUCUUGUGCCGCUGGGUAUAAUAAAAAUGUUUGCCCAGGACCAAGUUAAAAUCUUAUAUUUCCACAGACUGUGAUGCUCCUCCUUGCUCUACUACUUUGCUAGAUAACAUUGAACUAGCCUGUAGAACUAUGAAAUCGAGGCUGUCAAAAUGUGUUUGACUUUUAAUCGCAUACUUACGGUCCCAGCUUCUGUUAAUUAAAAACAGUUGUUUGCAAAUGUAAAUGUACUUUCUUUCACUUAAUGUUAAAAGAAAUCUUGAAAAUCUAGUGUACAUUCAGGCCGUAUCAACGUACACAAAUUCAACAUACUAUGCAGCUGGAACGCACUACAUAGUCAUUUUAUGUAAUACUUAGUGUGAAUAUAUAUAUAUAUAUAUAUAUUAGAAUAUAUAUUUGUAUGCAUUUUGAACACAGCCUAAAGUCCAGACACUACAGGGGCACCAUUUUUCAGGUGUAUGUAAUUAAGUUAGAAAAUGGUGGUAAUAAUUGCUGAAAUUCAGGUCACAAACUGAUGGCUUGCAGUCUGUGGAAAUGUUUGAUUUAAAUGUUGAUCUCAUGGCGGAGAAAGAAAAGACUGGUAAGGUCACAAAGUAGGCUUGACAACCCGCUACUGAUGUGUGCAGAAACUGAAAAUCUAAAACCUCACCGUCAUCAUCUUAAUAUGUGCUGUGGAGAUGAUGUUCACGUGAGAGGUCAGAGAGCAGACCCCUCAUCCUAAUGCUUCUUCUUUUACAGAGGAGAGCAAUUGAGGUGGUUUGAAAUGUUUUCAGCACACCUUGCAGUGAUUCUGUAGAUCAUGGCAUGCACAGAUAAAAAUCACAUGCACAAUGUGUCACUUUGUUUUCUGGGUCAAAUGUUCCUCUCCACACUCACAUACAAACUCUGUUUAACCCCUCAGUCCUGCAGUGUACUGGUGUCCUCUUAUGUUUACUGUACCUGGUUUUCUCCCGGGAACUCUUACUGUUAAUGUUACUGGGUGCAGGACACCGGCUGGCCACCUUAUUAAGACUCUGUUGGUUGUUGUGAGUGAACCUGCCUUAUCACCUAACAGCAAAAUGUAUUUUUGCCUACAGGCAGCUUCCUCUUGUUUUUAGCUUUUACCCGCCAGUUUGUAUUGUACUUUCUUAUUGAUCACAUAGUUGUUACAGUUAGAGUGAAAACUCUUUGAAUUUCACAAGCACAGACUCUCGUCCUUGAAUCACACACGAGUUAGAAUAACCAGCAGCUCUUAGGAUGGUGGCCAUAAGGUGCAAAACACAAAUAAAUAUAUCCCUUUCAGUUGUUUUGAAGGGGGUGCUACCUUAAGAAUAUACUUGUGUAAAAGUGUUUUGUCUUUUUCAAUGUUUUUUUUUUUUUUUAAUGUCAAAUAUUUGUAAGAAACAAAUCAUACCUUUUUAAUCUUAAAUCAUGCUGGAAAACGCACCAUUAUGUUGUACUUUUUAUUUGAAAAGUAAAUCCAUGUCGAUCCUAUUUUGAAUCUGUGUUUUGGUGGAAUCCUUUCUUGUGUUUUGUUAGGACCUUUUCAUAUUACAUUUUUUACUCUUAACAUUGCUUUCUGUUCAUGUUAACACAUUACCAGUGUAUAUAUAUAUAUAUAUAAAAUAACAAGAUGAGACUUUAAAUAGAUGUAAAAACUAAAAACAUGUAUAUUUAAUGCAGUAAAGUUUGCUAAACCUUCUGGAAGAGAAAUUGUGUAAACUAAUUGUAGCUACAAAAUGUUUUAUUCGUUGUUCCUAAAUCUAUUUAAUAAGAUGUUACUGAAUGAA